UGAUCCUUGGAAAUAUUCUUUGCAUUGUUAAUCUCCAUUCAAGAAAAUAUUUUCAGCUUUUUGUUCUUUGUUUUGUUCUGGAUUCGCUGGAAUAGGUCUCUUUAGGAGACACUGUUUCUAUUAAGCUAAUAAUGGUCACCUUAUCUUCAUCAGGUUAUGUCAGAACAAUGCCCCGAGCUUCAUCAAACACUCGGCAAAGGAAUCGAUAUGAACCAUCUGAUACAGAAGGAGAGUGGGAUGAAAGUCCAUGGAAAGAAGAAACUGAUGGGCAGAAUGUGAAUCAGGGCCAAGCUAGAAGCAAGAUCUCGGGUUCGCGAUUCGAUGGAGUUUCUUCCAUUCCUAAAAGGAGACAGAAUCAAUCAACAUAUGCACUUCAGAGAGAAGAAAGUCAUGAUCAUUUUUCUUCCCUUCCCCGUAGGCAUCAUUUGUCGUCGUCGGCUAGGCCUCUUAGUCCAUUCUCAAGAUCCGAGCAGAGGAGAACUCCUUCUUACAAAACUGAAACUGAUGAUGCUUUUAAUAGAAAACUGAGACGAGCUUUCGAUGAUGUUAACGUUAAGAAAUCGAAUGAGACGUCGGGUUAUGGCAGAAGGGCUGUUUCUGCUCCUAGGAAGACUUUCAAAGAAAGGGAGUCAAUCAGGAAUGAGACUUAUUGGGAACAAAAGGAAGCAGAAAGGAAAGCAUCUCCACCACUUGGGAGGAAUAGUUCAUCCAGGAAGGAAAGAGAUGGUCACCAUAAAAGGUCUCCAACGGGUGGCGAAAUCAACGAGAUGCUGGCUAAUGUGAUCAAUGCAAAAGAUCCAAAUCCCAGAGCUCCCUACUUUGAAAGCACAGAUUCUAUAGCCCCAGGUGACAUUUUCUUCUCUACGGAUUAUGGUGCAGUGGCGAAAGAGAAAAAUGUCUUUGCAGCAAAUGGUGGAACUGAAAAGCCUGGAUUUGCUACUAAGGCAAAUCCUGGCAAAAGGGUUCCUAUGAAUCCCCUACUAAAUCCAGAUGUCAGCGAGGUUUCAAUGCCAACGGUCACCAUUGCAUCCACAGCACAAACAAGGACUACUAACUCCAAAUAUUCUGUAAGUAGACAGAGUAGUACUCUUAGUGAAUAUAGUGGGAGGACUAAUGGAACUGCUACAAAGUUCGCAAUGAACAGAAGGAAGGCUCAGUCAGAUGCAUGGUUCUCUUGCCUCAAGAGGGGAACCUGCAGUGGAGCAAAAUCUCCAGAAAAGGAGAGGGCCGCCUCCUAUGAGGCGACGGUUAUUGAGAAAACAUUUGUUGUUGAAAGCCUGAGGCCGUUAUGGGCUGACAAGCAUCAACCUGGUUCAUUAAGUGCAUUCAGUUGUCACAAACAAGAGGCCUCACUCCUUAAGCAUCUUGCAACAGAUGAAAUCCCACAUAUCUUGUUUAAGGGUCCUCCUGGUUCUGGGAAGAAAUCACUGACAAUGGCUUUUCUGAGAGAAAUCUAUGGUGAAUCUGUUCGUAAUAUAUCACAUGAUUUGCGAUACUUCCACAUCCAGGAAACAACACCAAUGGAAGUGGUUGUUCCAGUAACCUCAAGUCCUCACCAUGUUGAGUUAAAUGUCUCCUCAGAACAAAAUGCAACAUAUGCUCUCAUGGCUUUGGUGAAACAAAUAAGUGCUGAUUAUGCUGUCAUCCGGGAAAUAAGCACUGUUAAUGCCAAGGCAGAAUAUAAAGUGAUGGUUCUAUAUGGCGUUGAUAAAGCUCCAAGCAACGUGCAACACUUAAUAAAAUGGAUCAUGGACUGCUAUUCAGAUGCUUGCAAACUCAUUCUCUGCUGUGAAAGUGAUGUAGACAUCCUUGAAUACGUGAAGAGCCGUUGCAAAGUGAUUGAUGUUGAAGCUCUUGACGUUCAUGAAAUUAGAGAAGUUCUCAUUGAGAUUGCCAAAAAAGAAGAUAUUGAACUGUCCACAAGCUUUGCCACAAGAGUCGCCAAUAAAUCAAAAGGAAAUCUGAGGAGAGCAAUUAUGGCUCUUGAAGCUUGCAAAGCAAAUAACUAUCCCUUUGUGGAUGACCAGCCAAUCCCAGGAGGAUGGGAAGAGGUUCUUGUUGAGCUAGCUGCCGGAAUUAUUGCUGAUCCGUCAACUAAAAGAUUAUUCUUGGUUCGUGGGAAAAUUCAAACACUUCUAGUGGAAUAUGUACAUCCAAAACUGAUUCUUUUGAAACUUGUCGAACAGUUACUCAAAGGAGUCAGUCCCAGUUCAAGGAGGGAAGUAUACUAUUGGUAUGCAUAUUAUGAUAAGAGACUACCACCAGGAACAAGUGCUUUACUAAAACUAGAAGAAUUUACAGCUAAGUUUAUGAGCAUCCACAGGAGAAGUCUCAAUCAUCAUUAAUGGUGAUAGUUCCGAUUAAUCAAUCAUUUUUUGGAGUAUGAUGCUGUAAGGGGUUGUUAUCUGCUAUUAGAACUUGUUGAAAUUGUAAGGUUUUUUCAGCACACAACUGCAAAAUUUUGUGCAGUUUUACUGUUGCUGCCACAGAAGAGUAAUCACUUAGACAAAGUUAAGACAAACACCACCGUCAUCCAGCAAAUAAUGCAAAAAACACACUACAUGAAUCAUCAUGGAAGUACAAAAUAUGUAAAUUUCACUGAAUAAUGUCAAAGAUUCAAAGCAUUCUUGAAAUUCUAUUUCAUCCAUACAUCUUUGUAAAAAACUAGUAAGCUCUAGCGGACUUUAACCCUCUACAACUCAUUCAUCUGUGUGAAUCGUCUGCAAAUUGCAACUACUAGAGAACCUUAGUGGAAUACUAAACACCUAACAAGAGGCAAAGAUAAAGCAAAAUCCUCUUGUUUCUUCUUACUAAGGAAGAAAGAACCAAGUAAUCUGUCCAGAACUACUCUCAGAAUACUACUAUGUCAUGUCAUCAGAGGUUACUAAACACGAAAGAAAAAGAGAACAAAGUUCAUCGGCCUGACCUCGCUCUGUGGUUAUAGUUCAGGGUUCUAAUCGACCAAAGAUCAAACAGUAACGAUGCAAAUUGACCCACAGAUGGGGCAAGAACUGUUGUCAAGCAACCAUUCAUACAUGCAUUUCUUGUGGAAUCGAUAUGAGCAACUGGUUUCCACAAACAUUGUCCCUUCAGAGAAUGAAUCGAAGCAAAUCGGGCACUGAUUCCCUUGCGGAUCGUCGCCGGCGAUGCUGUCUUCAAAGUACUUGAUCUGUAUAGCUGGCUUCACUUCUUCAAAACCCAACGGCGGUUCCGUAACUUCAGAACUCUUCCUUCCUCCGUAGCAGAGCUCCCGGCACAACCGUCGAAUUUUCUUGCUCCUAAAAUCUCCGUCAACGUAAAUCAACCCGUAAACGUUACCCGGAAACUUUAUCUCCCCAGCAUUCACAUUCUUACGCGAAUUCGGCUUCUCAUCCCCCAAUUUAAUUUCCAUACGGAGAUAUAUAACCGGUACGGCACCGUCACCGGACAAGAUUUCAGUACCGAAAUUGAAUUUGAAAAGUAGGUCAGCCGUCAAAGAGCCGGCAACAGCAGCAAGGUUCCGGCAGGAAUCAAGAUAGGGCAAUUGUUUCAGAGCAGCGCCAAUCAGUUUUCUAGCGGUUUCAAAAUGCUUCAAGUUGUUCAGACUACUUUUGGGGAAGAAUAUCUCGUGAUCUUGAUCAAUCUUUCUCUCGGGAUCGCUAGCAAAAGUGGUGCGGAGACGAACCAGAAUAAUCCCGCCCAAAUAUUCCAACGCCGAGGCGGAGGACUCCUCCUCCAGCGGCGGUUCCAUGUCCCACUUGAACACCCGAAUUGCGGACCCUAGUGCCUUCACAACCAAAGCCGCCAUGACUGCAGUACCCAAAUUCUGUGGUUUCAAUGUCGAAAGUCAGUAAAAUGUGGCGUAAUCUUCAAGCAGGAAUUUGGCAAUAUGCAUUCAAUGAAAAAAUUCAAGUAGCGCAGUGUUCCUCAUUUAUAAGCAAGAGAAAUAAGAGUUUCUGUAGUUGGACUAAAAAAAAAGGGGGCAAUUUUGCUG